AUGCAUUUGACUCCAAAAGAGCUCGACAAGCUGGUCAUUUCGCAAGUCGGCCAGCUUGCACAGCGUAGAUUGGCACGCGGUGUCAAGCUGAACCAGACUGAAGCGACGGCCCUGAUCGCAAGCGUUCUCCAAGAACUUAUCCGCGAUGGCAAUCACUCGGUGGCAGAUCUCAUGUCCCUGGGCAAGACUAUCCUCGGUCGCCGUCAUGUCCUCCCGCCCGUAGUCAACUCUCUGGUCGAGCUUCAAGUCGAAGGAACCUUUCCCUCUGGUACAUACCUGGUCACUGUCCAUCACCCUAUCAGCUCCGACGAUGGUGAUCUCGAGAAAGCCCUGUAUGGCAGCUUCUUGCCCGUACCAGACAAAGAUAUCUUCCCUCAUGCCGACGCCUCUGAGUACGCCCCCGAGAAACAGCCUGGUGCAGUCAUACCCGUCAAGAAUGCCAAGAUCGUCUUGAACGAGAACAGAAAGAGGAUACAGUUGAAGGUUGUCAGCAAGGGAGACCGUCCCAUCCAGGUUGGAUCACACUACCACUUUGUUGAGACCAAUCCUCUGCUCGACUUUGAUCGCGUCAGAGCCCUGGGAUACAGGUUGGAUAUUGCUGCUGGAACUUCCGUUCGCUUCGAGCCCGGUGACACCAAGACUGUCAAUCUUGUCGAGAUUGGUGGUAACAAGGUCAUCAAGGGCGGCAAUGGUCUCGCUACUGGUUCGCUCCAUGAUUCCAGCAUUGCCGAUUCUCUGGUUGAGAAACUGCAGAAAGGUGGCUUCCAUCAUACCCCCGAACCUGCUGGCGACUCUGCUCAUCUUGAUAUGUUUACUCUUGAGCGUGAAGCUUACAUUUCCAUGUUUGGUCCUACUACUGGUGAUCUUGUCCGCUUGGGCGCUACUGAUCUGUGGAUCAAGGUCGAGAAAGACUUUACUCAAUAUGGUGAUGAGUGUACCUUUGGUGGCGGCAAGAGCAUUCGUGAUGGCAUGGGUCAAUCUUCUGGACGCUCGGACAAGGACUGCCUGGACCUGGUUCUUACCAACGCUCUGAUCGUCGACUACACUGGUAUCUACAAGGCUGAUAUCGGUGUCAAGGAUGGCAUUAUCGUAGGAAUUGGCAAAGCUGGCAAUCCGGAUAUUAUGGAUGGUGUUGAUCCUAACAUGGUCAUUGGCUCCAACACCGAUGUCAUUGCUGCUGAAAAGGAUAUUGUCACUUAUGGUGGCUUUGACAGCCACAUCCAUUUCAUCUGUCCUCAGCAGGCUCCCGAAUCGCUUGCGUCAGGAAUCACAACCCUUUUGGGAGGUGGCACAGGACCAAGCACUGGCACUAAUGCCACAACUUGCACACCAAGCGCAUGGCUGAUCGAGAGUAUGCUGCAAGCUACUGAUGUAAUACCCCUCAAUGUAGGUAUUACCGGCAAGGGCAACGAUAGCGAACCUGGUCCUCUACGUGAACAGGCCGAAGCUGGUGUCUGCGGUCUCAAAUUGCACGAAGAUUGGGGAUCCACACCCGCAGCCAUCGACACUUGUCUAAGCGUUUGCGAUGAACAUGAUAUCCAGACUCUUAUCCAUACCGAUACCCUCAACGAGUCUGGCUUUGUCGAAACCACUGUUGCGGCAUUCAAGGGCCGUACCAUUCAUAGUUACCACACUGAGGGAGCAGGUGGUGGUCACGCUCCUGAUAUUAUUUCUGUCGUCGAACAUGAGAAUGUUCUUCCUUCCAGUACUAACCCUACCAGACCUUACACCAACAACACACUUGACGAGCAUCUUGACAUGCUCAUGGUGUGUCACCAUCUCUCUCGCAACAUCCCUGAAGACGUGGCCUUCGCCGAAAGUCGUAUCCGCGCAGAAACAAUCGCGGCAGAGGACGUUCUGCACGAUCUCGGUGCCAUCAGCAUGAUGAGUUCAGACUCACAAGCCAUGGGUCGCUGUGGAGAAGUCAUCCUCCGCACCUGGAACACCGCCCACAAGAACAAAGUUCAAAGAGGUUUCUUGCCCGAAGACCAAGGCACGGGCGCAGAUAACUUCCGCGUUAAGCGCUACAUCUCCAAAUACACCAUAAAUCCCGCCAUCGCACAGGGAAUGUCCCACCUCAUCGGCAGCAUUGAAGUUGGAAAACUGGCUGACCUUGUUCUCUGGCAUCCCUCCAACUUCGGUGUCAAGCCUUAUCAAGUCGUUAAGGGCGGUAUGGUGGCUUAUAGUCUGAUGGGUGAUGCCAAUGCUAGUAUCCCCACCGUCGAGCCCAUGAUCAUGAGACCCAUGUUUGGUGCCUCUGUAGCUCACAACAGUAUUGCUUUCGUCAGCAAAGCAGCAGUAAGCAAGGGAGUCAAAAACAAAUGCGGUUUGAAGAAGCGCGUCGAAGCCGUAAAGAAUUGCAGGAAUAUUGGAAAGUCUGAUAUGAAGUUUAAUGCCGUCAAGCCGAAGAUGAAGGUUGAUGCUGAGAGUUAUACUGUUGAAGCUGAUGGUAUGGUUUGUGAGGCUGAGCCGUCUGCUCAAUUGCCUCUUGCUCAGACUUACUAUCUCUACUGA